CAUGUCCAUGUCCCCAUGGAGCGGAAGAAGCGAAUCUCGUCUCGCCUGUUGAGUAAAGGACAUUUUGUGGAAGAAAUCUCCUUCGUUGAUGCUGGUUUUGUUACUCCAAGUGGCGCCUCUAUUGAUUGUCCAAUCUGCCGAGAAGCCUUCGGUGAUGAGGAUGUUGAAGGUAUGGCUCCUACGGAUGGCCCUCCACGAUACGCCAAAAUGGAUUGCUGCGAACACACCUUCCAUGUUGGCUGUCUCGAGCAUUGGAGUACUCAGCGGGAGAACUCUUGUCCAAGUUGCCGAGCUACCAUCCAUUAUGUUGCUGAGUAUAGCCUCCAGAAACGAGGGCCUGAGGGGUCCUCGAUGAAGACGGCAUGGCGGUUGAUGAUUGAACAGGUUAUUCAAGUACAGGAGGCUAAGCAGGCUGAUACAUUAGAUGAAGAGGAUGAUGAUGAUGAUGGAUUUCUCUCUUCCGAAGAGUCAGACUCUGCAUCUUACCGCUGUGUGAUAUGCGGCGACUCCAUCAUCCAAGCUGCCCCGGCGGACCAGAGAGGGGUGAUGCUUCUAUGUGAUGCCAGACUGCCUCAGAAACGAAAUCGGAAAGGAUCUACUUCCACUGCCAAGACCUGCGAUGCUCCGUUCCAUCCCUUUUGUGCGGGCUAUAGUGGAGUGCCUGAUGGAGAGGUGUUUUGUCCCCAACAUAGCCACCUCCUUCCACCUGUCAUUGAGGAAGAAGUCAACACUACCACGCCUGCUGGGCUGUCCACCUCCAGCUCCUCCUCAAGAAGUGAGCCUAAUGAAUCUUUCCAAACCGAUAUAAAGAAGAGGGAAGUUGUGGAACUUGGAACUAGUAGUGAUGAGGACGAGAGGGAGGAGGAUAAUAUGGCUGAGGAAGUGGCUGAGAUGAUGAUGCCGAGGAAGAAG